CCCCCGCCGCUGCUGCCGCCGCUGCCCUCGCUGCCCCGGCCGCUCUCGGAGCACAUCACCGAGGAGGAGGUGGAGGGCGAGUGCCUGGACCUCUGCCUCCAGCAGCUCUACAAGUAUAACUGCCCUUCCCUUCUGGCGGCUGCUUUAGCCCGUGCGACGGCAGACGAAGUCCUCCAGAGCGAUCUCUCAGCACACUACUUGCCCAAGCAUGAAGACAGCCCGGACGGGAUCAUACAGGUAGAGACGGAAAAGUUGGCCCGCACAGUGUUCACCAAGCUCCACGAUACCUGCAGCAGCUGGGUGAAGGAUUUUCCCCUCCAGCAGAAGCCCCACCGGUACUAUGAAACGUCCAUUCAUGCCAUUAAGAACAUGCGCCGCAAGAUGGAAGACAAACACGUCUGCAUCCCGGACUUCAAUACGCUCUUCAACCUUGAGGAUCAAGAGGAGCAGGCCUAUUUUGCAGUAUUCGAUGGCCACGGAGGAGUAGAUGCUGCCAUCUAUGCUUCCAUCCACCUCCACGUGAACCUGGUGCACCAAGAGAUGUUCCAGCGCGACCCGGCAGAGGCCCUAUGCAAAGCCUUCCGAGUGACGGAUGAACGCUUUGUGCAGAAGGCAGCCAGAGAGAGCUUGCGGUGUGGGACCACAGGCGUUGUGACAUUCAUCCGAGGAAGCGUGUUAUACGUGGCGUGGCUGGGGGACUCCCAGGUGAUGCUUGUGAGAAGGGGUCAAGCUGUGGAACUGAUGAAGCCUCAUAAACCAGAUCGAGAGGAUGAGAAGAAACGCAUUGAGGCCCUUGGAGGCUGCGUGGUCUGGUUUGGGGCAUGGAGAGUCAACGGGAGCCUAUCUGUCUCCAGAGCCAUUGGCGAUGCAGAGCACAAGCCAUACAUCUGUGGAGAUGCCGAUUCCGCCUCCACGGCUCUGGAUGGGUCGGAAGACUACCUCAUUUUAGCCUGCGAUGGCUUCUAUGACACCGUGAACCCUGACGAAGCAGUGAAGGUGGUGGCCGACCACCUGAAGGAGAACAACGGGGACAGCAGCAUGGUGGCACACAAGUUGGUGGCUUCAGCUCGGGACGCUGGCUCCAGCGACAACAUCACGGUCAUUGUGGUCUUUCUCAAGGACAUGAGCACAGCCGUAAGCGUCAGCGAAGAAUCCGAAUGGACGGAGAACUCUUUCCAAGGCGGGCAAGAGGACAGUGGCGACGAUAAGGAGAACCACGGCGACUGCAAGAGGCCGUGGCCUCAGCACCAGGUCUCGGCACCUGCCGAUCUAGGGUACGACGGGCGAGUGGAUUCUUUCACAGACAGAACUACCUUGAGCUCAGAUUCCAGAGUCAACAUCUUGGAAGAGCCAGGCUGUUUAGACCUGAGGGAAAUGGAAGCUAGCAAACUGCAGAGUGCCAAACGCCUGUCCCCAGAUCAAGAGUUCAGUGCGGGUGUACCAAAGAGAGCGACCUUGGAUCACGGUGUAUCGGCCAAGAACGAGACAGUGGCUGACGCUGCACCGCCGACAGAUGGGCCGAGCAGUCUCCCAGCCUCUCUUAGUUUGGGCUCCACAAACCCACCGGAGCGCAGCGUGGUGAGCGAGCCCCUCAUCUCCGCCGGGCUCGAAGGCGAAUGGUUCAAGUCGUGGGGAAGAAGAGCUUCCAUUUUCUCCCACUUUCACUUCUGUGACGCAAAGCGGUGGCAGCGGCUAGCCCGGCUCAAGCCAAAGCUCCACAUGCUUUUGUUUGAGCACAGGCCCUUCUCCCGCACAGAAGGGUUAGCGCCAUCCUCACCUAGCAGUGUGAACGGCCGUAGAAAUAAGUUGAUAAGGAGCCGCCUCUGGCAGGGCGUCUCUAGCUGUCGCCAAGGCCAGGGCGAGAGCAUUCUCCUGAUGCUAAGGCAGAGUCGCUGUAUACCAGACCCGUGGCUGCUUGUGGAGCUGUAAGAAUUAACACGCUCCUUUGUAUUCCCCCCCCCCCCGUCUUCUCCAAAUAGUUAGGUUAGACAUUCACAGAAUGAGAAGACAUUCAGAGUGAGCGUUUCAGAACUACGUGAUUGUGGAAUGCUCCAUUCAUGUAAAUAGAUCCUAGGAAUAAAAGUGUUCGAAUCUCGAAAAAUAAGGGCUGGCCAGCCCCUAAGUAAUUUCACAGACACAUUCAUCCUCUCGCUAAUGUACCCCACCCCACCCUUGAAUAGCUUAAUUUGCUCAUUGAAACAGGAUACUGCCACUUAUUCAAUGGGCGAGGUAGGAAAGUGCUACAUUUAAAGAGAUUCCCUUCCCUCCCUCCUCCAAAAUUGAAACCUGUUUGAGAGGCGUCUGGAGCAGUAUUUUCAGAAAGUUCCCAUUUUUAAAGCUGUCAGUUUUUGUAGGGGGUGGGUGGGGAGGGAGCAGGAAGACAUAAUGAAUCCAGGUUGUGGGAGAAGGGGUGUCUUUAAGAUUAACUAGGCAAAAAAAUAUAGAAAGCAGAAUGCUUUGCAGGUAUGUUAUUUAAAAAGCCAUAUAGGGUUUAAUCUAGUACUUGAGCAAUCCCAGCCUCUGCUGUAUAUCCAAAAAGACUCAGAUCAAGGUAUGACUCAACCUUUAACGAUGUUUUCCCCUCUGUAACAUAGAAAAAAAUACGAAGGAAUACUCACUUUUUGUAGUUUUUAAAGAUUAUUUCCUGUGGCUCAAGUUGAAACUACAUUGAAAUUUCAAUAGUUGGAGGUUUUUCUUUUGGUGCUUAGUGACAUUUUAGUCUUUUAAAAUGAAAAAAAGUAAUAAUGUCAAAACUGUUUGCAUUUAAUAAUAGUUGUGGUUAAUUCUUUCUGCCACUGUCUCGUCCCCAAAUCCCUCUUAUCUCAGGUGUCAAACUGAUAAAGCUAGUUCAGAUACAAAUACGCUGCCCCGUGAACUGAUGGUGCCAGUAACUUGCUGCUUAGAACUUUUAUCAUCAGUUCUGCUUUCCCAAUUAAUAGAAUCUGACAUUCUUCGGGACAAUCAAGUACUGGAGUAGUUUUUUGGCCCACCUACUUUGCAUGUUUGUCUCAAGAGACCUUAAGAAUGUGAAAGGAAGCUACUAGGAGAUUGCCAGAAUGUCUGGAAGCGGGGAAACCUGCUAUAGGAGCAAUUGCAAAAUGAACUAGUCUUUGAACUGUCCAUUGCAGGGAACGGUUGAGUGUGAGGAUUGCUUCCCUGCUUCUGUCCUUCAUCUUAAUGAGCAAAACACUACUUAAAAAACAAACAAACCGGUAGAACGCAGAAGAAUCAGACGCUAUGUUAGAAGAGGCCUCUUGCUCGCUAACGCUUGAAUGAUCCUGUUGGGCAUUCAAUUUACACAAACCUGAAUGCAUCACACAGUUCAAGGAGAUGUACUUGUAGCUGAGUAGUACCAUUAGCUGAUGCACUUUCGACAUGAGUGCAAAUGUCUAACAAUUUACCUAAGAAUUGGGAAUACAGCUAAUUAGGAAAUUCCUCUGGAUUGUAGGUUUUUUGACCGACUAAACUCCAUUUCUUAAAGUGACUUGAUGAAAUAGUAGGAGGGAGAAACGAAGGGAACCGCAGAGCUUUUUCCAUUUGUCAUCUGUAAGCCUUAGGUGCGAUGUGUUACAAAUCAAGUGUUACCAAGGAAGUGAGGAUGUGUAGAAGAGCUGUGGGUGCGACGAAGUGAGGCCACCUCUGCUGUCUUGUUUGAAAACACGCCACGGCAGUAUGGAAGGCAAUACUGUUAAGACCCUUCUCUUGGAGAGCUGUAUGCUUCAACCGGAAGAGCAAGUGCAAUUCUUUGAAGACAUGUCGGAAUUCCAAAACGUUGCAAUGUUUGACCCCUCUUUCCCAGAAUGCAGGCAUGAUUGGAAAGUUCUAGCCUCAGAGUACGCUCGCUCGCGUUUAAAGAAGUGAAACUCCAUUUGUGUGGGUUCGUACAUGGAUUAUCUACUGCUUGUCCUCUGUUUCUCCCUUCAGGAGGGAAUCUGUCAUCCAUUCCUUAUGUGGUCCAGUACAAAUAUUGUUACAAAUAAAUAGCAAGUGUUCAUUUCUUCUUUCAUUACAUAGUGGUAGCAUGUAGGAUCCAUUUGUGAGGCAAAUCUUCAACCCAUGGUAGAAUACGUAUUUAAAAGUAGUUGUUCUUGGUCCAAUAUUUGCUGCUCGAUUCUACACACUAGGCAAAAAAAAAAGUGCUUUGUGACAUGCCGUGUUUUUCUCUUAACGCCACUGGUGAUAGGAAGUAGUUCUCUUCAGUUCGAACUCCUGUGCCCUUAUUUGCUGCUUGCUGAAGUAAGCAAUAAGCUCCCCUUUUAAAUGAAUGAUAUCUUAAUGUUCUGUAUCCUGUACUUUGAAUCCUCUAGCUGGUGAGAAUGUACAAAAAUAUAUAGGUAUCUAACUGUAUUUAUUAACUAAAUGUUGGUUGUCUGUAAAAUGUUUUGUAAACCUGUGUAUUUUAAUAGUGGUGACAUUUGCAUAAUGAAACUUUCCCCAGAAAGAGCUGUCGCAUCCCUUGAGUUCACACAAUCUGCAUCAGCUACAAGAGUUGUGCAGGAACACCUAAGCGGUGGGGUUGGUGAUAGCAGGAGACUCCAGGCUGCCUUUCCUUGAGGCUGCUCAAGCUCUACUCGUGAGCUUAUUCACUGUGAGUUUCAAAGGGAUUCCUUUAAUCCCUCUCCAAUUGUCUCCUGCUUCCAACUUUGAUGUUGAAUUGUGAGGAAUGUCUCCUAUCGCAGGAAAUGGAAUAGCAGAGCAGGAAGCCAUUAAUCCAUUUCAGUUGCACUAACAGUUGUAAAAAAAAGAAAAAAAGAAGUAAAAUAUUUAUGCUUUGAAGUGCCAUUAGUCAUCCUUGUCACUUUUGAAGACAAUGAUACACAUCCCCGCCUCCACAUGGCUCAAGCUGCUGCCUCCAAACCCUAAAAGGGAGCAAACGCUUGUGGCUCCCCUAAGUAAGACAGGGAGGGAGACACAGAGGCGGAAGAGCACGGAGCCCUGGCUCAAACAGGGCAAGAAUGCUUUCCCUCCUGCUGCCGGGUUUGGCUUUUAGCCGCCGGGGCCCCCUCAUGUGUAGCUGCCACUUCCUAAUGCUCUUACGUUUAGAUCCUUCAACUUAGUUUAGGAUAACAUCACUACCUUUUAUCUGCCCUGUGUUUUUUGUAUAUACCGUUGUAUACAAAGGCACAGGGCUUCCCCGGGCCCCCUGGCCCUGGAGCCUUCACUUAAGCCAGGAAAGAAACUAUGCAGAGUAAGUUUAUACCAUUACAAGCGAGAGCCUGGGUUCGAGCAGACCUCUCCCCUGUCCAGAAUUCUGUUAAAGCUCUGUAGAGCCGGAACAUCUGGCUCCAACGAGAACAAGUUCGUUUAUCCAUGACAGAAAAAGCGGAGCCAGAGAGAAAAAGGUCUGUAACGGAUGGCCAUGCCUAUACGUUAGGGCUGUGUACCUGCUCUCUAUAACAUAAAUUGUUAACAGGACAAGGUUACAGUUUGCAUCUGUAUAUUGUGCAAACAAUGUCAAGGGACAGACUAAUUCUUUAAGUCAUUCUUACAUUACACUAAACGCCAGUCUUCUAUAGCAGCCAGUAUUAAAACACCGAAGUAUUGUACAAGUAUCACACAAGACUUGGUUUAACAAUGUAAACUCAUUUGUUUUACUUACCCUUGGCUGUUGCAUUUUUCCUUCUAGAAGUAGAAGCUAGAUUGGGGAAAACCAGCUGAGAUUCAUCCUGAUGAUUAAAAUGUUAGUAUGGCACAUUCCUAAGAAUGCCAAGCGUAUUAUUGAGCUCUUGUUGAAAGAUACUUAUGCUGUCAUAAAACUAAUGAAGUGGGUCAAUUUAAUAGAAAUGACUUCACUACUGUGUUGGGACCUGUUGGCAACUUUGUUCCUAUAGCUCGCAAGUUCAGUAGGGAUCAUGUAUUAGCCAUAUUUUAUUUAUUAAAGCUGUUCACAAAAGGUAAGGACUAUGUUCAACUUCUACCAAUAUCUUAAUAAAACAGCAAACAUUAA